UGACCGUCGAACGCCGUGUUCGACCUGUGUGCGUCGCGAUACAGAAGAGGCGUGCCAGUACGAAGAGGCUGCGGUGGCGUCGUCUCGCCGUUCCUGUCCAACCGGCAGCCAGGGGGCUGCAGCUUCAAAGAAAAGCCCCCCAGCUGACAUGCGCCGGCAGGGGGUUCCCAGCACCACCAAGACCCCCGACCUCAACAUCUUCGGAUAUUCGAAGAUGGGUGCCAACCACACUUUGGCCAUCUUGAACGAACUCUCUCGCGUAGACUCAGCCUCAACUUCUCUCCAGAAUGACCGUACCGGCAACUCGAUGCCUAGGUCGCCGUCUCACUACGACAAUUAUCUCCGCCUUCUCAGGGGACUUCCUCCUAGACUUUACGUCUGCAUACUAGUAGACAUGUUCUUCGAACAAGUCAACUGGCAGUAUAGCGUCGUUGACCGGAAUUACUUCAUGCCGCAACUCGCCGACUUCUACCAAGCCAUACCUAGUAUCUUCUCAGAAGACCCGCCAGAUAUUUCAUCCGAUGUCUUCACCUUCCCCUCUCUCCUCUUCCAAGUCGUGGGCUCUGCUUUUCAAUUUCUACCGCCAGAUUAUGACCGAUCCUUGGACGACCUUUGUAUGGGCAGAUCAUUCGAUGAUUUGGCCAAAAGUUACAGCGACUCUGGGAUCGAAAUGCUCGCCCUGUUUGAGAAAGAGAGUUUGAACCUCAUUUCAGUUCAAGCUGGAUUCCUUAGAGUCGCACUACUGAAGAGUUUUGGCUACGUCGUUGAAGCAUAUCGAAUGAUAGGGCAAGUCGUCGCCGAUGCCGAAGAGGCUGGACUGCAUUUGGAGAGUGAUGGCAUGCACGAGGGAAGCGUGGAGGACACGCCCCCGUGGCUUUGGUACCAUGAGAUGCGCCGACGAGUAAUGGUCAAUCUUUGGCUCUGGGAUAGUCAAAUGAGCAUCGUCCUAGGCAAGCCGUCUAAAGCCAACGCCGGAAACUGGUCGAUCACCCUCCCCCUCGAUGCCCCCAUUCCCUCCGACAAGUCUCAGAGCGUUCCAGUGGAAAGACCGCCCAGUGAGAAGCCCACAUCAUUCACGCACCGCCUCCUAGAAUACCGCCUGUUCUCCCAACUCCCCGGUCUUUCAAAACUGAUCCACGGAGCAUUCAGCCCUGGAAAUUACCUCCAAAUCCAGCAAUACCAGCAGAAGAUGCGUGAACUAGCCGAGGCCUUACCGCCAGCUUUUCGUUUCGAAAAUCCGGACACGCAAUGGGACGCCGAGUGUCCCUGGAUCAAGACGCAACGCGAAUACAGCUGCGGCACAACAUGGCUCUCGUUCCUCGUCAUGCAUCGCUACUCGAUGUUCCACAUCCCUCAGAGCCGGACGGGAGUCAUCAUAUGCGGGAUCAAGGUUCUGCAAGCUCAAGAGCGGCACUUCCGCACGCUGAGCGUGCAGCAUUAUAAACUGUACGCUCUGGCCUUCUUCACGCUCGAGGCGGCCACAGCUAUCAUGGUUGUAUUCAUCGCCUAUCCCACUGAGAAUCGCGACCUUUUCGCAACUGCGAUGUUACAUGUCAAGGAGAGCAUUGCGCGGAUGAACGCGAUCAACGCCUCGAACCCAUUUGCGCAUCCUGCAAAAGAGCUCGUCGAAAUUCUCAUGCGUCGAGCAGAGAACCUUUACAAAGAAGUCAAACCGUCGUCGUCGCCGCCAUCCUCUCCCCCUCAAAAUUUACUUCCCCAAGACUCAACGCCCCCGCAAUACUCCACCGUCGAUACGGAAACCAAGCCCUCCGCCUGGCAGAAUGACGGUUUCGGUUUCUCGGACUACACUCCACCCCAAGGCCAGCCGCUCGAUUUCACGCACAGCGGCACCCCAUCCACGCCCCCGAACUUCGACCUCACGUGCGGUGGUUGCAUCGGCCAGUAUGGCCCUGUCGCUACCGUGGUGGAUAACGUUUAUUACACGGUGCCGGACACAUGGGAUCCGAUGAUCUUCCUGGAGAGGCCGGAUAGUGGGAUGGUGAAUUUUACCAACAAUGGUGUAGAAGGAGGGUAUGGGCAGGAUAGUUUUUAGUGAGUGAUGGAGAUACCCGCCUGGAGUAUAUACGGAAUUAUUGGAGGGCUUUUAUUGUGUUCUUGGGCUGGGCUGGGCAGGGCAUUGCUCAAUCUAAGGUUGGGUACUUUUGAUUGUCAAUUGGGUAGUUAGGAGCCUUGAUUAAUUAUCGAUGGCUGGGAAGCUCCCUAAUAUAAGUACAAAAUCCACUAGUCCCAGCCCCCUAGCUGCCUUAGGCAUGGCAAGCUUGGCGCCUUCAAUAUUGAUUUGGCUGGGGGAAUUGGAGGCGUCUGAUGAUGCGGCGUAAUCGCGGGAAGGAGGGUAGGUAUCACAGGCAUGGAAACAGUAAAAUGCACUGUUUUCUGUGUUUUGGGCUGUAACCAUGUCAUGUUCUGGCACAGGGUCUUUCCAGUUUUGAACAAAAAGAGUUUCUUG